CGACAAUUGGUCCUGCAGCCAGAGCAAUGAGCUCGUUAGUAUAGCACAUUGAGUCUAGACCUAAGCUUUAGUUGUUGAAGGGUUGGGGAAAGGAUUCAGGACGACUUGGAAUGGAGACUUAUAUAAGGUCUUUGUAUCUCAUCGGAAGGCUUCAAACUUGAGUCAGGAUAAAGAUUUGCUUCACAUUGUCUCACACUCUCCUUGUCUAGUAUUUCUCCUUGGUCUUGAUUGCACACUCUCUAUUCUCCGAUUGCGUUUAUAUAUCACAUACACUCCUUGGGCUCAUUUCAUAAUCGUCACCGAUCCUCCCUUUCCUCUCUCUGCAUCAGCAAUCCAAACAGUCAGAUCAAACAACCCCAACCACACCACAACAACCACAAUAGUAAUCACUAAUUUACAUCUCCUUCAACGAAACUCCUCGUCAAAAUGCCGCCCUACGGCCUCCUUGGCGCAACCUUCCUGAUCGCGCGCGCCAUCCAAAUGUGCAGCCUCAUCGCCAUCAUCGGGCUAACAGCCAACUUCAUCUCGGAGAUUGUCUCCAACAAUGCCACUCCACCAGCCAUCUUCAUCGGUACCAUCACCGUCACAAGCAUCGCCGUAAUCUACGCCUUCAUCACCACAAUCCUCUACGCCGACAACAUCCUCCCCUUCCUGGCGGCCGCCAUCAUGGACACGCUGAUCCUCAUCGCCGUGAUCGUUGUGGCCGUCAUUCUGGGAAAACCGCUCUCCUACCUGCAAUGCACCCAGAUUGGAGCAACAGCAACCACCACCACAAACACCGACUCCUCGGCCUACACCUUCGCGACGCAUCUAAGCAGCUACCUCGACCAUUUGAACGGGAAGGUCAACUAUACCAAUUGGAUUGGGGCGACUAAGGCGGUGUGUUUGGAGGCCAAGUCGAUCUGGGGUUUGAGUAUUGCUUUGUGUAUCAUGUUUUUCUUCUCCGCGAUCUGCGGGAUCGUACUCUGGCGACAGAAGAAGAAGGCCGGGGUGGAGAAGUUGGAGGGAUAA